GUACCAUAGGUUUUUCUGGGUGCGUUUUUUCCAAAACUUUGAUUAAAAACAGGGCAAGGCGCUGCCAUCAUCAUGCAAUACUUUCGCAAUAUAAAACAUAGCCCUAUAAUUAGUUGAAAAACAAUGGGUGUCAUUUUAUAAACAUAAAAUCGUUUAGCUGUUUUCGUGAACCUGGGUAGCUGUGUGUCGGGACACAUUUUGGCGUACGAAAAACAAUAAUGAGCCAAGACAAAAUGUCACCCAAUCCCGUUGGUUCACUUUGACGUCAGUUUUCAUUAGGAACCGCCCGCUUGCUCUAGUAGCAGUGGUGAGAGAUAGUCUGCUCCGCACAGAGACAACAGGGUUGAGCUGCCUCUGGCUCUGGAUGUGGGCGCCCUUGGACUCUGCUGUUAUUACGGGCUCACUGCACGAAAACUUAACAGUGAUGCGCGCCUCGGCUACGGAACCCGCUGCUGGUAGUCGUUUAGGCUACCGGGGAAUAUGGUUUAUGUGACGUUCACUGACACGCUGGUGUUGAGUUUAUUGUUCUGGUCCUAGACGCGGAGCAGCGAUUCUCCGAGAUGUUGAGCCGAUUUAUGAGUGGCAGCAUCAGGAAUCUUGAGCGGGAGUACAGCUGCACCGUCAGACUGCUGGAUGAUACAGAAUAUACGUGCACCAUCCAGCGGGAUGCGAAGGGACAGUAUCUGUUUGACCUCAUCUGCCACCACCUCAACUUGCUCGAGAGGGAUUAUUUUGGUAUCAGAUAUGUUGAUCCAGACAAACAGCGGCACUGGUUGGAAUUCACAAAAUCAAUUGCAAAGCAAAUGAAAUCUCAGCCACCGUUCACCAUGUGUCUGAGAGUCAAGUUCUACCCUCCUGAUCCCGCUGCUCUCAAGGAGGAAAUCACUCGGUAUGACCUGCGAUACCUUGUCUUCCUGCAAAUCAAGAGAGACCUCUACCACGGCCGGCUCCUCUGCAAAACCUCGGAUGCAGCCACCCUGGCUGCCUACAUACUUCAAGCUGAGAUUGGCGAUUAUGACCCUGGGAAGCAUCCAGAAGGUUACAGCUCCAAAUUCCAGUUUUUCCCUAAACAUUCAGAGAAGCUGGAGCGGCGGAUUGCAGAAAUACACAAGACAGAGCUCAUUGGACAGACACCUGAAACAUCAGAGCGAAAUUUCCUCCAAAAGGCCCAGAUGCUGGAAACAUAUGGUGUUGAUCCACAUCCGUGCAAGGACGUGUCUGGGAACCCAGCUUUCCUCGCCUUCACGCCUUUUGGUUUUGUGGUGCUUCAGGGAAACAAGAGAGUUCAUUUUCUCAAAUGGAACGAGGUGACCAAACUGAAGUUCGAAGGCAAGACAUUUCACAUAUAUGCAAAUCAGAAGGAGGACAAAAAGAUCAUCCUGACAUACUUUGCACCCACACCGGAGGCAUGCAAGCACCUCUGGAAGUGCGGAGUGGAGAACCAAGCUUUCUAUAAGCUUGAGAAGUCGAGUCAGGUUCGCACGGUGUCCAGCAGCAACCUGUUCUUCAAGGGCAGCCGUUUCCGUUACAGUGGACGAGUGGCAAAAGAGGUGAUGGAGCAGAGUGCCAAAAUCAAACGUGAACCUCCAGAAAUACACAGGGCUGGCCUUGUGCCCAGCAGAAGUUGUCCAUCCAUCACGCAUGGGCCUCGCCUCAGCAGUGUACCACGCACGCGUCGGAGAGCUGUGCACAUAUCUAUCAUGGAGGGUCUGGAGUCCCUACGUGACAGUGCCCACUCUACACCAGUGCGUUCAGUGUCCCAUGGCGAGUGCUUUAUACCACGCUCCCGGAGUCAGGCCACAGACACCAGUGAGAGGACGGCGGUGAUCUCGGAUGAGGCCUACAGCCCCUCCAACAGCGUCCUCCCCACCCCGGUAGUCGAGCAUAGCAUGGAGCUGGCUGUCUCACGCCAGAUCAACGGCGCGCCCUGCAGCAUCGAGGAGGAGAGGGAGUCCGAAGCAGGCACCCCUACGCAGAGGGAGGUGGGUGAUUUUGGUGCAGACGGUAGAUCUGCACAGGAGGGUGCAGAGGGUGACUCAGCCCUCAGCGAAGUGGAACAGGUGAAUAAGUUUGUCCUAAGUGUCCUCCGUUUGCUCCUCGUGACCAUUGGACUCCUCUUUGUCUUGCUCCUUCUCCUCAUCAUCCUCACUGAGUCAGACCUUGACAUAGCAUUUUUACGUGAUAUCCGCCAGACCCCAGAAUUUGAGCAGUUCCAUUAUGAAUACUUUUGUCCCCUCAGGCGGUGGUUUGCCUGCAAGCUCCGCUGGGUGGGCGAGUUGCUCAUUAACAAGUGACAGUGAGGUUGUAGAGUUCAUAAUCCUGUUCGGGGGUUUGAGAAGACGGCAAGGACGAUGGCGUGAUGGAGGGCAACCUCAUCCCAACUGUGAACCCUUCUCCCAUCAUCCUCCUGCAGACACAUAGCUUGGACCACUCCAGGUAACACUGGGCCAGGAUAUCUCUUCUUCUCCUCCACCUCGAGUUAACAACCAUCUUGUUGUUUUUGCUCAUUUUCAUCUUCUUUUUUCCUACAAAGCCAGAAGACAUUUUUUUGCAACUUUAUUUUUUAUUUCAAGCCAUUUCAGGUAUUUUAUUUUUUCAAAUAACACAAAAGAAAAAAAAUUUAACAGGGGAAAAAAAGAACAGAUGAAUUUCACGGGAAUCAGAGAUUUUAUUGCAACAGAUUAAUUUCGCCUUCAUUUAUUAUUUUUAAACAUACAGUAUAUUUGCAUAAGAAAAGGGAAGAGAUGGUGGACAGCAAUCAGGGACGAUUUUUGUCAUUAAAAGAGGGAAGUGUGUUAAGUUAAAGUCGACAGGCCUGGUAUCAACAGAACAGACAGGCUGAUUACCAAAUGCCGUGUUGGCAGUUUGAAUUUUGUGGAUUGUCUUUUGACACCAUUAUACUUUAGUAUACCAUGGUGUACUGUACAAAGUAACCUGGUGAAGCUCAAAGCUGUUUCUCUAAUGUUUUAUAAGGAUACAGUAAAGUAACUAGUACCAAUAAUCUUAUGUGACCUGGUAGUGUCAAAUGCAGUUAGAGAAAUAUUCAUCACAAGAAAAGACUCGCUGGCACCAAUAGAUAAUAGCCUAGAUAGCUGUGCAAUGUUCAUAUGGUUUUAAUAAGUAAGUGGUCAUUGUUCAGUUUGGUUGUUCCCAAAUUAAUUUGAUUUGCAUUUUUAUAUCAAGUUGAAAUUCGAUGAAUUUCAAUUAUUUCUUUGUAUGAAAAGUUUGAUUUGUUUUGGUUUCAUAUCAAACUUGCUGUUAGGCUUAUGUAUCAUACUAUAUUAUUAUAAUUAGAAUAAGAGUAAUGAUGUACUUUUUGUACAAAUUAGUUUGUUUCCUAAUAUAUAUUGACAGGUUU